AGGAGGGAAACGCUGCGUCGGCCGCCGAUGACGAGGGCGGGCUCUUGGUGAGGAAGGCGGAGCAGCUGCGAACAUGCAGGCGGCCGACGCUGAAGCCGGCGCCGCAACCUCUGUCGCCGAGCGUGAGCAUGGCCAGAGUAGCAGCUGCGGUCCCGGCGAUUCAGGCUUUGUACAGGCUGCACAUGGUGGAGCGCACCAUAUUGCACGUCUGCUACAAGACCCGGAUUCCGGCAACGACGCUACGUCCCGCGCCGAAAGGCCUGGGGUCCGAGCCCACAUUUUCGCCCUCAGCGUGCCUUUCCCGACCCCUUUGGAAGCCGAGAUCGCCUGUGGGGCCCUGGCCCCAGACGCCGAACCCCACCGAGGAGCGCUGGGGAAGAAGCUCGCCGUGAGCGGCAGCACCCUGGCGGUACACUGGACAGCUGAAGACUCUCGCCUGCUCCGGGUUUCCAUCCUCAGCUUUCUCGAACAGCUUGCCCUGGUGCUGCAGACCAUGCGGCGCUUUGGACCCCCUGUUUCCCGCUAAAGACUGAGCAAAGGGCCCGACGUCGAAGCUUAGGUCCCCCUGGAAGCACUGCAUCCUGACCUACCACAGAGCGUCUACAAGGACGUGUUUGUUGAGGUGACCACCUAAUGCUUUCUCUUCAUUGGCCCAUGGGUGUUAGGCUCCACUUGUUUUCUUUAGGGUUUUAAUGGCUAUUAACACAGGAAAUAAAACUGAUUUACUGAA